GGUGGUGGAGACAGCGACAAAAGAGGCUUUGAAUUAACCUCAACACUUUUAGCAACGACAAAAACAGACGGAAAUUUCGUUCUCUACUUAAAAACAGCAAACCUACACACUACUUUCCAUCAACCAAAAUCAAAACACAAACCACCACCGCCUCGCCGCCAAACGAUGGCCAUCUCCGCCUGUUUCUUCACCUCCUCUCUCCCAACCUCCAAUCCCAAACUCAAUCUCCACCGCCCAUCUAUCACCUCCUCACCUCUCCACCUCCGUCUCUCCCUCCCCUCCAUUUCGCCGCUCUCUCUCCGCCACCUCCACCAACACAGCCCUCUUCUCCCUUUAUUCAUUCCUUCAGCCACCGGCGGAGAUGACACUGGCGGCUUCAACAACAAUCCACCUUCCGGCGGCGGCGGAGGUAACAACGACGACAAUCACAGCAAUGGUGGUGAUAGUGACAAUGCAGGUGAUAAAAACAGAAAUGAGGCGAUGGUGGUGCUAUUAGAGGCUCAACGGUCAUUAGAGAGCUUGCCUAAGGAUUUAGCGGCGGCGAUUCAGGCUGGUAGAAUUCCCGGGGCGGUGGUUUCGAGGUUUUUGGAGUUAGAGAAGUCUGGUUUCUUGCGGUGGUUGCUUCAGUUUGGUGGUUUUAAGGAGCGGUUGUUGGCUGAUGAUCUGUUUCUGGCCAAGAUUGGGAUCGAGUGCGGCGUCGGUAUCUUCACUAAGACUGCUGCAGAAUAUGAUCGUCGCAGAGAGAAUUUUUUCAAGGAGCUGGAAAUUGUUUUUGCAGAUGUGGUGAUGGCCAUUAUUGCAGAUUUCAUGCUUGUUUAUCUUCCUGCUCCAACAGUAUCUCUCAGACUACCUCUUGCAGGCACUGCAGGACCUAUUGCAAAAUUCUUCUUCAAUUGCCCUGAUAAUGCAUUCCAGGUUGCACUUUCCGGAACUUCCUAUUCAUUGGUACAAAGAUUAGGCGCAAUAGCGCGUAAUGGAGCGAAACUUUUUGCCGUCGGCACCACCUCAUCAAUGGUCGGCACGGCAGUAACAAAUGCAUUGAUCAAUGCACGGAAAGCAGUUGAUAAGUCUUCUGCUGGUGAAGUUGAAAAUGUUCCUAUAUUAUCCACCAGUGUUGCCUAUGGUGUCUAUAUGGCAGUAUCUAGUAAUCUCAGGUAUCAAGUACUGGCUGGUGUAGUUGAACAGCGGAUUUUGGAACCUCUACUGCACCAGCACAAGUUCUUGCUUAGCGCAAUUUGUUUUGCUGUUCGAACUGGCAAUACAUACUUGGGUUCAUUGUUGUGGGUGGAUUAUGCACGUCUGAUAGGAAUUCAGAAGGCUCAAGAGGAACACAAGGAAUUGGCUUGAUUUAGAACCAGUCUGAGAAAUAUUUAUUUGCUUGUUAAAGAAAAAUGAAGUAGGUAUAUCAGGUGAAUUUGGUGAGCUUUCGGGUCAGAAUACGGGUUCUUUCUUUCCAAUAUGGGUGUUUUUAAAAAAAAUUAAUACAGCGGAAUUAGUCGAUAAAGCUGAGAUUUUGUAGUCUGUUUUCUUUCUUCUCAUUCUACAGUGUAAUAACCAGAUUUUUAGACAAUAUUAGCGAUAAAAUUUGAGUGUUCAAAAGUAUUUGUAGCUCCAAAUUUUAACAAUAUGAUGUAUAUUCUAUUUUUCUUUUCCA